CACAACUCAAAUAGUAGUUCUACCAUAUCAUCAUAUAUUCCGUAUGAAGUAUGCAAUAGAAUUUUUUUUAUAAGGAGUACUACUGAACACUAUGGUGAUUUGGUGACUUGGUGUCCAUGUGAUUAAGUUUUGUUUUUUUCCUUUUAUUUGUAUUACUAAAGAAUCAAUUUUUUUUAACAAUUGUAUUAUUUCUGUCCCUUGAUUCCUUUGAAUGAAUAUGCAUCACCAUCAAUAAUUUAAAAAAAAAUAAAUAAAUAAAAAAGGUAGGAUAUGGACAGAGAUGUUUGGGGUAGCAUGAGAAUCAUUUGUAUUCGUUUAUUUCUUUUUAACAUGGAAUCUUAUCAUUUUGCUAUACAAUUACGCACUACCUUUUAUUUUUACUUUUUGCCGAAGAAAAAUGAAUAAAUAAAUUACAUUACCCUAAUGAAAUUUAAUUUAUUUUGUAGUAUUUCAAAUGGCCAACAUCACCAAAAGAGAAUUUGACAUUCUUGAUUUAUCCAGUCAAAGGUACCUGGAAUGGAUGGUUGAUGCACUUGCUCACCUUAAGGCUAAUGGCCUCGAAAAUACAAUUGCUGAGAAUAAUACAUCAUCAUCUCAGCAAAAGGCAAAAGCCAUAAUUUUCCUUCGCCACCACCUUCAUGAAAUAUUACUUGUUGCUGAGCAGAAUAAUGAGCUCUUAAUGAAAAAUCAUAACAUGAGGCCCACCGGUUGUACCCCUACAAAUUUUGGUCAUCCUGAUCGUGGUUCAGCACCAGAAUCAAAUGUUAUUCAAGGUGGUGCACGCGGACACUUUAAAUGUGGACGCGGAAAUAACCGCAACAAAGGGCCAAAUAGGGGAUAUAAACAUUCAAAUGAAUCAUCCUCCAAGGGAAAAGGAAAAUUCAAACCACCACAUGUUAAAACUCAUGAAAAGCCAAAACCAAGUGGUGAAUGCUACAAAUGUGGCAUAAAAGGACAUUGGGCGAAUGAAUGUCGAACGGCAAAACACUUGGUAAAAUUAUACCAAGCUUCCACAAAAGGAAAAGGAAAAAAUGUGGAGGCUAAUUAUGCUGAUGAUAUCAAUCCAAUUUUGCCUAAAUUUGACGUGUCCGAUUUCUACAUGGAUGAUGCUGAAAUUGGUGAUGAAGUGGCCUUUGGUGGAACUACUACUGUUUAAAUAUUUUAAUUUACGCUGCAAGAGACAAUGUUUGAAACAAAAGACGUUCAUUCUUCAAAGAAAGAAAAUGAACAAACCGAGCAUGUUGAUAUAAAAAAUAAUAUCAACGAACAAUUUGUUUCAAAUGAGGAUUUAACAACCUCUGAAGAUGCGAAUAAUUUAGAUGAAGAUAG